GUGAUGGAUGAUAGAUUAUCCUUUACUAUUGGGAUGUGAUUCCCAAUGGUUAUUUUUACACUCCGCCUAUUUUUUAUUGAUUUGAUUUUUUUUUUUUUACUGUUUUUGUUGAAAGAACUCUUUUUUUUUUCUCGUAAAAAUGGACGAAGAGAUUCACGGUGCUUCGAACAAUCAACUUAUCCUUGCUGCUUGUAGAAAUGAUCAAGACGAAUGGUUGAAUGACUUAUUAGCUCAAGGUGACUUCGACAUUUCCUUUACUGACGAUAAUGGCAAUACUUCUCUUCAUUAUGCAACAAAAUAUGGUGCUCUUGCUUGUUUAGAACUCUUAGUACGCGUCGCUGGUAUACAUAUGAAUAGUAAGAAUGCUAUAGGUGAUACUCCUUUACAUAAUGCAGUACAAUACAAGGAUGAUCCAGAAAUAGCUUUAGAAAUGGUCAAUAUUUUAUUGGAUGCUGGGGCGAAUCCAAGAAUUGAAAACAAGAAUAAAGAUUCACCUCUUUCUUUGGUCAAAGAUAUAAAUAAUGAAGAUAUGAAUGAUUUAUUGACAAGCGUAUUAGUGGAAGGUGAUGAAGAAGAAGAACAAGAAGAUGAUGAUGAUGAUGAAGAUGAUAUGAUUGAUGAUCAGAUAUAAUAUAGUUUAUUUGAUUAGAAUAAAUGAAUAUAUA